AUGGCGUCUCGUUUUGAUGUAGCUGUGCACCGCGCCAGGCAAGAAGAUCUCUCAAUCUUCUUCCAUCACCACAACUGGCUAACCGACAUUAGACUGCACGAGCGCUUCCCCCGCGGCUCGGAUUAUCAGACAGCCAAACCUGCUCUCAAGUGGUACCGCACUAUCGAUGGCCGUGUGGCUGUAGCUUUCGAGGGCUUGAGAAUCACUGAUCUGUGGAACGAACAACUGAGUCUGAUCGAUCUCCUCAGCAGGGGCGACAUCUUCAGCAUCAUUCCCACCGAGUUGAUCACCAGACCUUGCAGACUCGCUGCUAUGAUCAUGCAGGUUUGUGCAGAGGUCUCUCUCCAGAAGGCCAGAAACUUUCACACUCCCAUCACUGAAGAGGAGAUUGAUGUCGGCACCUUUGCGCACCCCUACCAGCUUGUGCUUGUCGCCGACGAUGACAUCGACCCUGCUGUCUGGAUGGAUGCCUACACUCUCGCCCAUGACACCGGCGUCAAGCUGUCCACCCCCACCAUCAACAUCACUUACCCUGGCGACGAGUACCAAUACCUGACCAACGCCGAUGUCGUCUUUGCCAGCAUCGACCGCAUCAAGAAGCUCGUUGGCACCAAGGCCAUUGGCUUGUCCUGCGUCCGCCGCAUCAUUGUUGAUGAGCCCCUGUACAUCAACAAGACCACCUGGGGCUCUCUGGCCAUGCUGCUUCGCCACCCGGAGAUGAACCCCGAGGUCGGCACUUUGUUCGUCGGUCGCGCAGCUUCUUUGGAGCCGGAAGUUGUCAAGAAGAUCCGCGACUUCACUACUCACACCCUGCCCUACUGGCACGAACACACUGCCGAAAGCCGUGCUGAAGCCCAGGCCGAGUGGGACGCCUACGAAGCCACCAUCUAA